AUGAUAACGCAAAUCGUACAAUUGAAUAAUAAAACAUAUCACGACAGAACCGAACAAUACGACGGACGCGACGUUAACACUCGCACCAUUAAACGCUACGGUAUCGUUCAAUGUCCAAACUUCUGUAUUACAUUUUCAAUACAAGAAAACACUAUAAAGCUAACAAAGACAAAAUUACAAAGAAAACGAUCAACAAAUGUUACUUACAAAUUAAAACUCAUAAGUUUACUCCUUACUCUCCAACAAUUACUAUUAUAUCAAAAAUAUUUGUCCAUCAUAUUAGGUAGAUCAUCGCCUCCAUAUCAUAGACGAUAG